AGCGGGAAUAGAGGGGAGUGAUAUUUUGUUUCCAUGUGGAGUUGGGGGGUUGCUCAGGAGUAUGGACCUGGUCCCACCUUGAAGUGAGGGGCCGGCCUUUUAUGCCUCUAGCCGGUCAGUUGUUGGCUGUAGGGUUGGGGCGAUGUAGCUUAAACUCCGGGCAGGGAGCAUAUGUGAGUCUUUAGCAAGCAACAAAUAUAGCUGCUGGAGAAUGGGUGCCCCACCCAGUAAAGGGGAUCUGGAAAGUAGGGGGCACCAUCGGCCUCUCCCCGGGGACCCCCAUCCUGCUGCCAGUCACUGACCAUGAGAGCUGGGGGAGCCCCAGCCACUGCCCUUCCGGUCUGGAAAUGCAUACACACGGAGAGACUAGUUUGAGAAAAUAGAGGCCCAGUGAGGAGAAGGAAUUUGUCAAGGGCCACAAGAGGCCAGGACUAGAUCCAGAUGCUUGACUCCCUCCUUGGACAGACGCCCCUGUUUCCUGCAGGCCUUCCUGCUCCUUGCGGGUGAGCUGUCUUUACACCAGACACUCUGUCUGGAAGCGCCUGGAGGGGGCUGCUUCAGGGCAGUCACAGGUUGUUUUCUAACUGGCAUUCACUGAAACGCUGAUCUUCUGGGGAACCCCCGCCAGCCUGCCUGUCACAUGAUGUGACACUGUCACUCAGCACCUCUCAAUUCUUGCCUUUCUGUCCUUGAUAUGCACCCACACAUGUGCAUUCACACACGCAGCUGAGAAGCUCUCUCCGUCCUCCAGGGCUCCACUGCACCAUCUGAUGAAGGCCACAUUGUUUGUGCCACGUUUUCUCUGCCUGCUCGGACACAAACCUCCCAAGGACACAUCUUACUUCCUCCUGCCUCAGUCCCCGCAGCGUCCAAUGCAGAACUCCACGAACAAAUCCACGAAUGACAGUGUCGGAUCUCAGAUCACUAGCUCAAUACACUCAGUGCCUUUCUGCCUUCACGACCCCCUGCCCCCACCCCAGGGACCCAGAGCCCUCAUGGCCCUCUCCCCCUGUAAGCAGGAUGGAGAUGGAGGGAACUCAUCGCCACUCCAGAUGAUAGGGGCGGGAUGUAUCAUGUAUUCACCGAGAACCAGAAGAGGUCAAGGAGGAGCCUCGCUGGUGGGAUUCUAGACACGCAACAGGCCGGUGAUGACUGUGGCUGCCAUUAUUGCUAUAUGCCAGGCCCUGUCUGUUGCAACAUAGUUUCAGCUACUCCUCAUCACCUACCCCCCAGGGACAGGCAGUGGCUCACCAUGAGAAGGCGAAGGGAGACUCAGAUGCUGAGAUGUAAACAGCCUGUCCAAGGUCACAGCUCCGGGAAGCGGAGCCAGGACUUUGCACGGGGCACCCAUUCUGGCUGACAGCUUCCAGCAUUCACGGCCUGGCCCACUCUGCCGCUCUGCUGGGGGCUUCUGGGGGGUCCUUCCCAGCUCUGUCCCUGUCUUCCCUCCCCUCCCAGAACUGAAGGAACAAUGAGAAUAUGUAUGGGACCCAGGCAUCACGUGGCCCUGUGCAGAGUGCCAAGGCCCUGGUGACAGUGGGUUUCCCGUGGGAUACCAAGCUGGCUAGAUCUGUGGUCCUGAGCUGGCUGAGGGGGUUCAGGGGGGCAAGGCUAAAAAAGUUUCUCCCAUGCCCCAAACAGCCUGCUGCCUGCCCCCCUCUGUCAGCACGCUGUCACCUCCUAGCAGCCCUGCACAGGUCCUGGAGGUGGACCAGGACAGCAGGGAAUAAGCUUCUAAGGAAUCAGAGUUCAUGCUCUUUGUCCCGGAAAGGCAGACGAGACUUCAUAACAAACUUUUCCCCAUGAAGUCUAAGUCUGAGGUCUGCCCUCUGCAACUCCUUCCUCUCCUGGUUGUAGAAAAUUCCUCGCAGCAGCUCUCUAUCCCGUGAGAGAAGUUUUAUAUUUAAAGUUGAAGGGGACCCCAGAGAGCAUCAUCCAAUUCCCGUUCCUACCAUGACAUGAGCAAACCAAAAGCUCAUGUCACAGAGAAAGGGCCAAAAUCCAGAGCCCAGAACCAGAAACAAACCUUCCAGGUCGCUUUGCCCAAAAGUAGACCCCGUAGAAUACCAAUUGCAGAGAAAAAAGAUUCUGUGGCCAAUGAAGUUUGGGAAAUGCCCUUAAUACGAAACCAGAGUGCACCACUUAUAGAAAAUCUCAGAGCCUUUAACAUGAGAAAAAGGGAGAAGAGGACAUCGGUGCUUUCCCCGGCUUCUUUGACCAUGGAACCCGUUCACUGCGGACCCAUCAGGACCAAUGUUUCAUGGAACGUACUUUGAGAAAGCUUUCUCUGGAUUCUGGAAUCCAACUCCCUGUUGGGUAUUUGAGCCAUUCCUCCUGCCACAGCUCUCAUAAGUGAAUGUGUAGGUGGAGACACAGCUCCAGAGCCCAGGCACUCGCUGUCCCUGUGGACAACCAGCUCCAUCCGAGACAGCUGUGCUAAGAAGUCCCUCUUCAGUUCUUUGCAGUGGAAUUCAGGCCUGGGUCCAGGUAUUGUCCUGGCAGGUGCGCAGAGCCUCAUUGAAGCCAGUGGCUCAUCUGGUUCAGGCCUGCAAAUACAUCCCUCAGUCCAGCUAGCUGUGUCAGAAGGACUCCUGAAGGCUUGGGGACUGAGGGAGGGAGAAUUCCCAAGCAUAGCCGGGCAGCGUCACAGAAGAGAGUCAUGCAUUACAGUGGCUAUGAGCUCAGGAAAGAGGGAGACCCUCUGCCCACUGUCCCCACUUAAUCAGGGGUUGUCGCUGCAGGCCAAUGGAGAUAUCAAUUAGGAGGUCCACCCAGCAGCCCAGGCCCAGAGCACUGGCAAUGGAGUAGGAUCAGCAUGGUUCCAGUUCCAGGCACUUCCUCACUGUGUGACCUUGGCCAAGGCAGGCAACCUCUCUGAACCUCGGUUUCCUCUUCUAGGCAAUGGUGCUGAUUUCCCGAGGAUUAAGGGAGGUUGCCAGGCAAAACUGCCUCCUGGCACAGUGUCUGACAUACAGUCCUCACCCAACCAUGAGACCCCAUCUAGCUGUUUGGCUCUUGAUAAUGUCCCUUCCUCUCCAUGCCGAGUCCAGGAUGUAGUCACCUGGACUAUCUGACCCUCCAAACAUCCCAAGCGUCUUUCCCUUAUGUGGAAAGAAAUCCCUGCACCCCUGUGGAAAAUGUGGAUGCUCAGAGAGAACUGUCUGGGUCCACAAGUCAGACUUAAAAGUGAGAGGAAUGCCCCUCCCUUUUCAUCCUUCCAGGACAGCCUGAGCAGCCUGCACUCUCUCAAGGAUCCUCAUUAGCCCCAGCCCCAUGGAGAAACCAUCUCUGACCUCAAUCCCCACAAGCCAGCCCCCUUUCUUCCCCGCCCAGCUCUCCACUUUCUGGACAGAAAGGCUGUGCUGGAUUUCCUCACCAAGUCCCCAGGCAGCCCCCCAAGCCCUGGUGCAUCCACGGCAUCAGUACACACUAUGAUUCCGACCCUGUCUGCAGGUUGUCUGUUCAGCUCCCUUCUAAAUUUUUUCCCAAUUCCUUUUUGUGCCUGUGAGAACAUCCAGAACAUUCAUUUCCAUUUGUUGAGCCAACAGUGCAUGAAGGAUUUAAGCCCCAGGCUCUGGAGCCAGCCUGCCGUCCUUCAAGUCCAAGUCACCUAUUGGCUGUGUGACCUUGGGCAGGUGGCUUAACCUUUCCGAGCCUCAUCUGCAAAAUGAGAGUGAGGACAGUAUUUACCUCACAGAGUUGGAAUGAGGACAAAACGGGUAAUGCAUGUAGAAUAUUUAUCUCAGUGCCUGGAGCAGAGAAAGUAUUUGUAAAUGUCAGCGUUGUUAAAUGCGGACUCCUGACUCAGUGUUGGCUCACAAGAAGUCCUUGUUGGAAGAUGUUUUCUUCCCUUCUCUCCAGGAAGCAUAGGCACCACCACAGGAGGUAGGACAAUUAUUUCCACCUGGCUUCAGUCAUUCAUCUUGGACCAGUGGAUGGAGACUGUUUAUAAGGUCCCUCCAUCGACCCAGGCCUCCUGUACCUCCCCACUCUGCCAAACUGCACUCUGGCCCAUUGGGUGAGCUCUUUCUUGCACUGGCUGUGAACUGUGUCUGGUCCUCAUUUUUCUGCCCCAAAAGGAGCUGUGUCUUUGUAAUCCCAGAAAGUCUGUGACAGCAAUUAUUCCCCAUUCCCAGGGGCCAGAUUAUUCCAGGUCAAAUCAAGGCCAGGGGCUGCUGGACAGGACAACCAUGGUUCUGGAAAGAUCCAGUCCUGUGAACAGAGGUGAUCGGCAGAGGCUCACCCAGGCACAAGCCUCAGAAAUGAGACAGGUUCUGAUGGCCUUUCUCCCCAUCCAGCAGCCAGGGCCCCCAACCAGCAUCAAUGAAGGCAGAAGCCAUGGUUACCCCCAGUUCUGGUGCUGGGGGGCUCCCAUCCUGGCAAGUCCAGCUCAGCCCAGCCCAGCCCUGGCAGACAAAUCUAUCCCAGAACAUGACCCAGCCCAGGAUCCUGGCUCCAUGCCAGCAUAAGGAGUCCCAGCAGAGGAGCGGCCUUCUCAAGGAUCUGGGGGCCUUCCACAUCACCAUCGUUCUGCUGCACCUGGUCUUCGGGAGCUACCUGGCCUCUACAGUCAAGAGCCUUCACCUGGUGGUGCUGAAGUCUUGGUAUCCAUUCUGGGGGGCUGCCUCUUUUCUCAUUUCAGGGAUCUUGGCUAUAACAAUGGAGAUCUUUUCUAAAGCUUACCUGAAGGGGCGCUGCCUGAUGACAAACCUCAUCGGCCUCCUUUGCGUGCUGUCCGGCCUCUUUGUCAUCACCAAGGAUCUCUUUCUGGAAAGCCCAUUUGAGUCCCCCAUCUGGAGAACGUACCCCAACUCCAGGGUCCACAUCCAGAGGCUAGAGCUGGCGUUGCUCUGCUUCACCGUCCUAGAGCUCUUCCUGCCAGUGCCCACGGCUGUCACAGCCUGGAGAGGGGACCACCUGUCUGCAAAGAACGAUGAUGAUGCAUGCCUUGUUCCGAACCCACCACUGCAACUCAAAGGUCUGCCGGUGGAGCCCCCACCGUCCUACGAGAGUGUGGUUCAGGGUCACGCCGCCCAACACAAGCAACAUCAGAGGCUCAGAGAAGUUAAUCAAGUUGCCCAAGGCACAUGGAUAUUCAAUGACGGAGCCAGGACCUGGAUCCAGACUGCAAAUUGAAGAGCCACCGCCUGACAAUGCUCAAACAUCAUUGGGGCACAUGCCCUGCUCUCCCGAAGUUGCGCUUUCACUGGGAAGAUGAGAUUUGAACACACAAAAGGCUAGCUUGUGGUCUACACAGCAAAGUCAGCCCUCACAGCUGCUGGGAACCCUGUCCUCUUGGACAAGCCAUUUCUUACACAGUUGAGAGCUCAACACAUGUGGUAACCCAGGUUGUUUCAUUUUGCUUUUUUGAGACAGGGUCUUGCUCUAUUUCCCCGGCUGGAGUGCAAUGGCAUGAUCUGGGUUCACUGCAACCUCUGCCUCCCAGGUUCAAGCAAUUCUCCUGUCUCAGCCUCCCGACCAGCUGGGACUACAGGCACACGCCACCACACCCGGCUAAUUUUUAUAUUUUUAGUAGAUAUAGGGUUUCACCAUAUCGGUGAGGCUGAUCUCAAACUCCUGACCUCAGGUGGUCUACCCGCCUCGGCCUCCCAAAGUGCUGGGAUUACAGGCCUGAGCCACUGCUCCCAGCCCAGGGUUUUAAGCUGUCUGAGAUAGCAGUCUGCACUCCACUGUCUUAUAAAAUCCCUGUGUGGAGGGGCUGCCAGUAUCAUUUGCCCUUGCCCUGAAUGUCCCCGGGGUUUGAGGUUCUUUGCAUUCUCCUGCUUUUCCAGCUCCUUCGAGGCCUUUCUGGCUGUGGUCACUAGCUCAGCUGUAGCACCUCUUCUCUUCACUGGCUUCUUCUAAUCCAGCUGGCUUUAAAAUAGAUUGUAAAGUCUGAGUCAUUAGGUUCUGAGAGUGGCAGAGAGAGCCAUGCAAAGGUUUAGGACAACCCCAAUCUCUCAAAAGAUGAAAGGGACUGAUGGAGAAAACCUUAGCUGGGAUGUCUGAAGACCUGGGUGCCCACGCUAGCUCUGCCAGUCGCUUACUGUGCGGCUUUUAGUCCCUUCCCCUCACUCGGUCCCAGUGUCUCCAUUUGUAAAACACGCAGUUGUGCUAGACUGGUGGUUUGCAUCGAUAAAGGAAGAAAGGGCUUCUGGUUCGUUUUUCUGAGUCAGAGUCUCUCUCCGUCACCCAGGCUGGAGUACAGUGGGGUGAUGUUGGCACACUGCAACCUCUGCCUCCCAGGUUCAAGCAAUUCUCCUGCCUCAGCCUUCCGAGUAGCUGGGAUUACAGGCACCUGCCACCAUGCCCGGCUAAUUUUUGUAUUUUUAGUAGAGACAGGGUUUCACCAUGUUGGUCAGGGUGGUUUCGAACUCCUGACCUCGUGAUCUGCCCACCUUGGCCUGCCUACCUAUCCCGAGUAGCCGGGAUUACAGGUGUGAGCCGCCGUGCCCGGCCUAGACUUAUAUAUUUUUUAAAGUCAGUAAAUGGAAGACUUGCCAAUAUUCCCUUUGAAAGGCCACUGCCUCCGCAGGUGCGUGGUGGAAGCCCAGCUGGUGGAAGCUGGGACAGAGUUAGUAGGUCCUGGGGGAGCAUGGCCAGAGCCCAGUCCCUGAGGCUCAUCAAUACCGAGACCUCUAGAAUGACUGGUGUCUUCUACACGGUAGGCAGAAUUUCUAACAUCAGGCUAGAAACAGAGCAGUCUUUAGCUAUAGUUGGUGCUGUGGUUAAAUUUUAGUCUGUAUUUUGAUUGAUUUUUUUUCUCAAUUUUUUGAGACAGUGUUUUGCUCUGUCACCCAGGCUGGAGUGCAGUGGCACAGUCAUAUGCCGCUGCCCCCUUGAACUCCUGGGACCAAGCAGUCCUCCCGUCUCAGCCUCCUGAGUACCUGGGACUACAGGUCUGUGUCACCACAGCCAGCUAAUUGUGUUUACUCUUAGCAGAGCUCUCGACACAUUGCCCAGGCUGGUCCUUCAAACUCCUGGUCUCAAGCAAUCCUCUUGCCUCGGCCUCCCAAAGCGCUGAAAUUACAAGUGUGAGCCGCCACACACAGCUGAUUUUGAAAUGGACUCAGCCCUAAACUAAGUCUAAGACCACUUUCACUCAUUAUGAAAACUCUCAAACAUGCGGAAGAGUUAAUAGCACAAUUGACACCCUUACAGCUCCACUGAGAUUAGAGUGUUACCAUUUUGCAUAUUUGCUUUCCCUGCUUCUCCACAUGUAUCUGUCUCUUUACAUAUGUGUGUGUGUGCACAUAUAGCAGGUAUAUGGUAUGCAUGGCUAUACAUAUACAUUUGUAUAUACUUCUUCCUUGAAUCGUCUGAAAGUUGCAGACAUCAUGACCUUCCCUCUCUAAAUUCUUCUACCUGCACUAUGCCCUAAGAAUAAGUACACACUCCUAUGUAAUCAUAGUACUAGUAUCACACUAGGAAAAUUAAGAAUAAUUCUAUAAUCCUACUACCCUGUCCAUAUUCAAAUUUCCCCCCACUGGGCCAAAAAUGUCUUUAUCGCCAUUUUUCUAACCUGGAUCUAGCCAUGUUUCCCACAUUAGAUUUGAUUGUUCCAUCACUUUAUUUUCUUUUCAUCUAGAAAGGCCCUCUCACCUUUCUCGUGACGUAGACUUUUGAGACCCUUUGUCUUGCAGAAUGUUAGUGGUUUCUUCAUGGCGUCUUUCCCCGGCUCCCCCACCCUCCCUCUUUCCUGUAACCUGCCAGUCACACCUAGAAGAGCCUCAAAGCUUGGUUCCAUGCAGGGUAAGCAUAACUGGGGAGAAUACUCCAGAGGUGGUACUGCUGCCUUCACCCUGCACCCCCACCCAGGGUACUAGGGGCCAGCUCAUCCUUCGAUUAGUGGCUGGACCCGAGGAACUGUCACGGUCUCCCCACCGCUAGCAUCAUUUCUUAUUUCCUCCUUCUCCCACAAAGUUUCUUUGCAGAAAAUGAACUAGAUGGCAUCACUUGUCAAAUAGGAAAGGGUGGAUAUGCGUCUUGCUGUAAUACCUGAACAUAUACUGUAGGAAACUUUCACAUGUAUUAACCCCUAGCUUUAUGGUACUGUAUUAAAAACAAUAACUUGAACUCAA